UGGAAAACAAAAACGCAGGACUGUCUGUGUCUCCAGUGCACGAAUACCAUACUAUACAAUCUUUUAAACAUUGGUGCCUCUUAUGUUGGUUUCAAUUUUGUGUUUCUCAUAAUUUAAUGGUUGAUGCAUAUUUAAUGGGAUGGGAGCUCAGAAGAGCAUCCAUGCUGGCAAAGCAAAGAUUGACGUUAAUGUUGAUUUUACUCACAAGCUAUGCGCUUCUAUGAUGUUCCCUACCCUCAGAAGUUCUGGCAGUCCUCUUUCACUGGUGAUUGGGAGUAUUUGCAUCAAACAUCCAAACUUAUUUGGUGGAAGUGAGAAGCUCGAUCUUUCAUGGGACAAGGGUCUGUAUGAUUCAAAUGUCCUAGUCGCCUAUAGAAGGCCACUUCCAGAAUGGCUUGCUCAGCAGUCUUUUGUAUUGCAGCAUUCUCUUUCACCUGAGAUUGGAGUCCAUGGUAUCCCUGUAAACAAUUUCUCCCGCUCAGGAAGUGGAGGUGUAAAUUUAUCUCGAUUAUCAGUGGGGCUGGACCUGAAGGAACCUGCGAGUUCAAAAUGGAGCAGCACAACCAGCAUAAAGUUUGAGCAUGUUCGCCCAUUGAACAAUGAUGGUCGCUCUAUAAGUAGAGAUUAUGAUGGCUUUCCUUUGACUUGCAGUGGCAAUCCACAUGACAGUAUGGUGGUGUUAAAGCAAGAGUCUCGAUUUGCAAAGGCCAAUGAUCGUAGCUUUUUUCAUUUUAAUCUUCAAAUAGAACAAGGUAUUCCAGUUCUUUCUAAGUGGAUAAUCUUCAAUCGAUUUAAAUUUGUUGCUUCUAAAGGAAUCAAACUGGGACCAGCAUUGCUCUUGACAAGACUUACUGGUGGUUCAAUUGUCGGGGACAUGGCUCCUUACCAAGCAUUUGCCAUCGGAGGGCUUGGGAGCGUGCGAGGGUAUGGUGAAGGAGCAGUUGGAUCUGGGCGAUCAUGUCUGGUGGCUAAUAGCGAACUGACAAUCCCUUUGAAUAAGAUGUUGGAAGGUGCCAUUUUCUUGGAUUGCGGAACAGACUUGCGGUCUGGUCAUCUUGUACCUGGAAAUCCAGCCUUAAGGCAGGGUAAACCAGGAUCUGGUGUUGGAUUGGGAUAUGGACUUCGAUUUAAAUCACAGUUUGGUCAUUUUCAAGUUGAUUAUGCUAUUAAUGCAUUUCAGCAGAAAACUCUCUAUUUUGGCCUCAGCAACUUUUCAUGAGAUCCCUUGACCAAUGAGGUUGCAGAACUCUAGUGCAUUCCUUAGUCCAUGGAAAAGAUGGAAUGGUGAAGCUACAAAAGCUGCAAUAUUUUGUCAUCAAUUCACAGCCCCAUCAAUUUUAUGAACUGCAUUCUCUCUAUUUCUAACUCCGCAGUAUAUUUUGCAUGUGGAGAGAGAAAUAGUUACUAUAUUAGUAUAUUCUUUUCUUACAAUUCAUGGUAGUUGGAAAUUUUCUUGGCAUUUAUUUUUGAUUAAUGAAUGCUUAUUGUAAAUUGCUUUCAACCGAAAGGAGAUAGAAUUGUGUUCUUACACGUGAAUGAAAGCACACAGAGA